AUGGUAGAUUUGCAAACUGUGAACAUCACUUUGCGUAUCUUGUUCCGACCUGAACCGGCUUUGCUGCCAAAAAUCUACCAGAAUUUGGGUUUUGACUACGAAGAGCGUGUGCUUCCCUCCAUCACUACCGAGGUGCUCAAGGCGGUUGUUGCCCAGUUUGAUGCAAGUGAAUUGAUCACUCAGCGAGAACUUGUCAGUCAACGAGUGAACGAGGAUUUAACCGAACGCGCCUCAUCAUUCGGAAUCCUUUUGGAUGACAUUGCUCUGACCCAAAUCUCAUUUGGACGUGAGUUCUCCGAGGCGGUCGAGGCUAAACAGGUGGCGCAACAGGAAGCCGAGCGUGCCCGCUAUCUAGUAGAGAAGGCUGAGCAACAGAAACUUGCCGCUGUUAUUACCGCUGAAGGCGACUCGGAGGCGGCGGUUUUGUUGGCAAAGGCGUUUGGGGCAUCCGGCGAGGGUUUGAUCGAACUACGCCGCAUCGAAGCUGCCGAGGAUAUCGCUUACCAGCUGGCGCGGAAUCGUAAUGUGACGUAUCUACCAGACGGCCAACACACGCUGAUUAAUCUACCCGCGGUCUAA